GGCCGACCGGCAGCAGCGAGCGAAAACCUUUGAUCGGCCUUCACAAUAAUCACCAAACCACUCGAUUAUUUCCGCUUCUAAUAUCCGUCUCGCAUCUUCGCCGAUGCAGUACCUGAAUAUCGCUAUUUGAUACCAUCUCGGAUAUUCAUCUAACGCGCUCAGCGUAGCAAAAUCCAUCCAUCUCCCUUUCUACACCCUCCAGCAAUCCGGUAAUAUGCUUUCUAUCACUUGUAGAGGAUACGACAAUGAAACCAACGUUUGUGCAUCAAAUACGAUCGGGGUUUGAUUGAUUGCCAUGCGUAGUUGGGCUGGCCUAUGUUCCAUUCGCUUUGGCAAUCAUCUUGCUUCGCUUCUUCGUGAACGUACCUUGCAGACUAUCCCUGGAGAUCGUUCACUGACAAAUAUAUAUUAUAUUAUCUCACCUACCUGUGGUGGCGACUUUGAAAGCAUUAACCGCAAAUUAUUUGACUCGUUAGCCAGUGUCGUGGACCCCAAUCGGUUCAUCGUCUAUCCUUUGACGAAGAAGGAUUUCUAUGCACAUUUGUGGCAGUCUUCUUCUAGAUUAGCGGUCAUUUUUGAAGACCCUGAAAAUGAGCGUUGCCCACUUGACUUCUCCAAAGAAUAUGACCUGAUAAGCGAAUUUAUUGCGGAUGGUGGACAAGUUCUGCUCAUGCUGAAGAAACCCGUGACAUCGCUUAACCUAGGUCCCACUACUCUUGGCAAUGCAUUGUGGUCAAGAUCGCUGGCGAGAUCUACCGAUCUUGGUGGUUGGCAUUGGCGGCUUCGUGACUGUGGCGCAACACAGUCUUCAAAUCAAACUGUGCUACUCGGCGAAACUAUGUUGGAUUCGAGACUGGUGACUAAGUUGGUCGUUCUCUCCAUUGAACCUAAUGGUCCAACUUUCGAAGUUUUUCACGAUUCCUUGGAGCAUUUGGAGAUCGAUCGUGUUCCAGUCAAUGGCAUUCACCCCAGUGAGGAAUUUCAUAAUCCCGUUGGAACUCCUUCCAACCCGAUUCCCUUGUAUUCCCCUAUCUUGUGGCCCGAACAACGCAAUUUGUUAGAUUUACUGAUUCCCCCAAACGAGGUUGUACAGUUGGGAUUCGGCACCCACUUCAUAUUGCACCGCUUCACAGAAUUAGACGAUCUCCCUCCGAAAUUUGCCUGGAGUGAUUACGUGGACACAUUGAAGACUCGAAACUUGGGUCGAACAAUGAUUUGGACCGAAACUAUGGAGUCGAGUUGGGACUUCUGUCUGAGCCUUGUGAAGAACCUACCAGCGGAUUCUGGUGUGUUGGUUGUUUCGAAUCAACAGACAAGUGCCAAAGGUCGUGGUGACAACAAGUGGAUUUCCCCCUUUGGACAAGCCUCCUUCACCUUUCACUUAACGCUAACCAACCCGCUUUCAUCCAACAUCGAACCACAACAGCCCUUUUCGAACUUCGUGACAUGCUUGCAGCAUCUUGUCGCGUUAAGUGUGGUUCUAGCCUGUAGGCAGCUGAUUGCUGAACAACUUCGUGGCUCAUGUGAUGAUACUACCAAUGCGGACGAGGAGUUUCUAUGCGUAAGUGUUCCGUUUCAACAUGACACGGUCUUGUGCAAGAGGUUCUUCAAUUCAUCGCUUCUGGACUCCGACCGUUUCCACUGUAACCAAGGCACCCUAGAGACACUUGCUUUGCCUGUAUACGGUAUUCAUCUCCAAGAUCCACAGCAUAACCCACUGUGCUGGUGA